AUGCUUCCCGAUAUAUGGCAUGUUGGGAACGGCUUUCCCCCAGCCUGGCUCUCCAACUCGCAUCUCGCUAUCGUCCUCGCACUCGUCUAUUAUGUGCAAUUCGUUGUCACCCUCCGUCAUGGUCUUCCUGCAUUUCAGACACGAAGCUUCGUAUACGAGCCCCCCUUCGAGUACUUCAGUACCGAUGAAUAACGGUCGCGGAGCCAGCGAGCCCCAGUGUUGUCACUGUGGGUGGAGGGGCGCUCAUGCACCCGGUUGCCCCUUCGGAUGACGGAAUAGAAUCAGGAUUCCGUGUACCUCACCGUUCACUUACAUCUUUCCGCCGCUUACUACCCACUCUGUCAUCAGAACCCUGACCCCACACCAUACGUUUUUUUUUUCAACUGUUGCCUUGAAUAGUUCAUCGUGGUCAUUAUUACCCUCUUGUGUCUAUGUUGCCGCUUUCC